CUGUUUGCAAAGUAACGUUUUUAGCUUUUUCUCCAUUCCACGAUUUUCAGAUCCUGCCAAUUAUUUGGGGAUGGCUCAAACAGAUCAUAACCAUUGCAGUCAAUUUUUUCCCCCCGAGAGCCUGUAGAUUUGUAAUAAUCUUUGCAGUGAGCAGUGAAAGAAGUGAAAGUGACACGAGGAGCAUGGCCUGUAGUUCUAUUGUUUAUGAGGUUGGAUACUAAACUUGCUGGUUGUAUUUGUGCGUCUUUUUAGUGCUUCAUUUUUGUAUUUUUAUGAUAUUGAGGGGGGUUGAGUGUGUUUAAUAUUGUCCAUACUAGUCAGGCCUGGCUCUGGAUAGCUAUUUAGAUUCCAGCCACCAGGGGGUGGUGCCUCCAAUGGUGCCUUCUCGGGUGGCUGGAGGAUUAACCCAAUUAUCCUCAAGUUCGGGAAUUUUCUUCCAAGGAGAUGGGCAGUCCCAGGCUGUAGUUAACUCUCACUUGAGCUCAUCUUAUGGGAACUCAUCUAAUUCAGUUCCUGGAACUGGGCGUCCAACUCUUGGUCCAGUCUCUGGGGACGUAAAUAAUGCGGUGUUGAACAGUGUUGCAAACUCAGGACCUAGUGUUGGAGCCAGUUCUUUGGUCACAGAUGCAAAUUCAGCGCUUUCUGGAGGUCCCCACUUGCAGAGAAGUACAAGCAUCAAUACAGAUAUGAAUAUGCGUCUACCAGCAUCUCCAUUGUCAUUUACUUCUAACAAUAUAAGCAUGUCAGGUUCAUCAGUAGUUGAUGGAUCAUCUGUUGGACAGCAGGGUUCUCAUCAAGACUCAAAUGCCCAUUUACAGCAGAGUCAGCAGCAACAACAACAAGGGGCCUCAAGUGCUACAUCCUUGCCUACAUCACAAACUGGCCAAGUUUCACUUCCCAUGGGUCCACGAGUCCCUGGUUCCUACAUGCAAGACCCUAAUAAUCUAUCACAGGUGCAAAAGAAACCAAGAUCGGAUAUCAAGCAGGAAGAUAUUCUGCAGCAGCAGGUGUUUCAACAGCUGCUGCAAAGACAGGAUUCAAUGCAGUUACAAAGUCGAAACCCACAGUUACAAGCCUUGUUCCAGCAGCAGAGACUGAGGCAACAGCAGCAGCAGUUUCUGCAGGCGCUGCCCCAAUUACAGAGAGCCCAGUUUCAGCAGCAGCAGCAGCAGCAGCAGCAGCAACAGAUGCAAAUGAGGCAGCAUUUGCAACAGCAGGGCAUGCAGCAAAUAAUGAAGCGUCCCUAUGAUAAUGGCGUUUGUGCUCGUAGGCUGAUGCAGUACCUAUAUCAUCAGCGGCAAAGGCCAUCUGAAAACCCCAUUGCUUACUGGAGGAAGUUUGUGGCAGAGUAUUAUUCUCCUCGUGCAAAGCAAAGGUGGUGUCUGUCAAUGUAUGAUAAUGUGGGGCACCAUGCACUUGGUGUUUUUCCCCAAGCAGCCAUGGAUGCUUGGCAUUGUGACAUUUGUGGGUCCAAGUCUGGAAGGGGAUUUGAGGCAACAUUCGAAGUCCUCCCAAGGCUCAAUGAAAUCAAAUUUGGCAGUGGAGUAAUUGAUGAGCUUUUAUUUUUGGACUUGCCACGUGAGUAUAGGUUAUCAUCAGGAGCGAUGGUGUUGGAGUAUGAAAAAGCAGUCCAGGAAAGUGUAUAUGAUCAGCUUCGUGUUGUUCGUGAGGGUCAGCUUCGCAUUAUUUUCACACAAGAUUUAAAGAUAUUGUCUUGGGAAUUUUGUGCACGUAAGCAUGAAGAGCUUUAUCCUCGUCGUUUAGUGGCACCACAGGUGAACCAGUUACUUCAUGUGGCACAGAAAUGCCAGAGCACAAUUUCAGAAGGUGGAUCUGAUGGAGUUUCUCAGCAGGAUUUGCAAACAAACAGCAAUAUGGUCCUGACAGCUGGCCGGCAACUUGUAAAGAGUUUGGAGUCGCAGUCACUUAAUGAUCUUGGUUUCUCUAAAAGAUAUGUUAGGUGUUUGCAGAUUGCAGAGGUUGUCAACAGCAUGAAAGAUCUUAUAGAUUUCUGUCGGGAGCAUAAGGUUGGGCCAAUUGAAGGCUUAAAAAAUUAUCCUCGACUUACCAAUCCUGCCAAGCUCCAAAUGCCGAAAAUAGAGCCAGUUGCUAAUGUUCAGGGUCUGCCAACUGAUCAGAACACCUUAAAUAAGCUGAUGGCAUUACAUCCUGGAAUAAACAACCCAAUGGGCAAUAGCCAUGACAUGGUUGGUCAAGGGACUUUAGGUGGUUCUGCACAGGCUGCUUUGGCACUGACCAACUACCAGAAUCUGCUAAUCAGGCAGAAUUCAAUGAGUUCAAAUCCUAGUUCACUUCAUCCGGAAGCGUCAUCUUCCUUCAAUAAUUCUAACCAGAGUCCAUCUUCAACAUUACAAGGACAUGCUUCCUUGUUGCCCAGAUCCUUGCCUGCUAGUGGCUUGGCUAGUCCUCGUCUGUCUGCUCAACAGCCACAGCAGCAAUUGCAGCAACGGUCAUUGAGUGCCAAUAACUUGAUCCAGCAGAGUCAUCCACAGGUGACACAAGGUAACCAGACCUUGCACCAACAAAUGAUCCAGCAAUUGCUGCAGGAGAUGUCUAAUAAUACGGGAGGAGUGCAACAGCAAUCUCUUAGUGGGCAGAAUCUGAAUGGAAGUGUGGUGAGAAAUGGAGGGGGCUUUGGAAGCAACACUUCUGCACCACCUGCACCUCCAUCGAAUGUGCAAGGGACUGCCUCAGGACCUGCUCCGAGCCGGAGCAACAGUUUUAAAGCUGCAUCAAACAGCGAAUCAUCAGCAGCUGGUGGGAACAGUGGGAUUAACCAGAGAGCAGCCGAAGUACCUCAGAAUCUCCAUUUGCAGGAUGAUAUUGUUAGUGAUAUAGCUCAUGAGUUCACAGAAAAUGGGUUUUUUAGCAGUGACCUUGAUGAUAAUAUGGGUUAUUGCUGGAAGGCAUAACUAACAUAACAUAGUUUUGCCCAAUUAAUUGCUUAUGUUGGAUGACUAUUGGGUAAAAUCUUGUACAGAUCAACUGAAUAUCUUCCGAUUUUUCUUAUGGUGUUCUCUUUUUGAGCUUCCUCUCUAAUUGUGGAAUUGUUGUUACGUCACGAAUGUCGUUCUAUGGUAGUUAUUUGUUUCUUUCAAUCUGGUAGUCUGCUUUUUCAAGUCUUGCAAGUGUAAUCUACUGGAUGAACUGGAGAACGGAUUCGGCCUUUUAUUAUUGUGAUAUUUACAAUGUUACAAUUAAGAGGAGCAUUGAAC